AUGUCCCAUCUUCAGUACUUCAGUUACAAAGGAUUCGGAGAGCACAUGCGCGAGGCUCUAUCAUAUAACCAAGCUGUACGUAUCGGUGAUCGAAUCGAAAUAUCUGGCCAAGGCGGCUGGGACCCCGAGACACUCCAGGUUCACUCCGACCUAUCAAGAGAGACAGAGCAAGCAUUUGCCAAUGUCGACUUAGCACUGAAGGACGCAGGCGGCAAGGGCUGGUCUCAAGUGUACCGAGUCCGCAUUUUUACCACUGAGAUAAAAAACGAACAGGCUACUGGCUUCCUGGUUGAAAAUCUUCGGAAGUGGAUGCCGGAUCAUAAGCCCGUGCUGACAUGUGUUGGGGUGUCUGAACUGGCGUUGGAAGGCAUGAGGGUCGAGAUUGAGGCAAUUGCUCAAGUUGUGUAG